CUCGCCUCGCUCGCGGCCCUACCAUUGAGCUCCGCCUGGCAAUUGCGGCAGGUUGCGAAACCUCAAGACUUGGGCACCGUCCUGUCUUCGCACAAGAACAUCUCGACCUACUACGGCUUGGUCAAGCAAUAUCCCGACAUCCUCCUGCAGCUACCAAACUAUGCCGGCGUCACGCUCGUGGCCCCUAACAACAAUGCCUUCACCAAAUACGAACUAUGGGACCCAAACAACAAGACUAUGGUGACUAACUUCCUGCUGUACCACAUCAUGCAGGGCACCGUGUCGACGGCAGCAGUGCCCCAGGGCGUGUCGACGUUCGUGUCGUCGCUGCUGACAGAUCCGGCUUAUACCAAUGUAACCGGCGGUCAGAAGGUCAUCAUCGACAAGCAGCCCGACAACGCUGUCGUCUUCACGUCGGGCAUCGGGUCGCGCGCCACCGUCGUCGAGCCCGAUAUCCCCUUCACGGGCGGCCUGCUGCACAUCGUCGAGACGCUGAUGGUGCCGCCCGCGCGCCUCGAGACGACGACGCGCGACUACUACAAGGACCUGCAGUCGUUCCUGGGCGCCCUGUACGCCGCCGGCCUGGUCAGCGAGUUCGCCGACCAGUCCAACGUGACCAUCCUGGCGCCGCGCGAGGAUGCCUUCCAGCGCGUUGCGCCCGCCCUCGCCGCCCUGUCCAAGGCCGACCUGGCCAACGUGCUGCGCUACCACCUGCUGCCUGGCACCGUGCGCCCGAGCGUGACCUUUGCCAACGCCACCCACCUCGCCACGGCCGCCGACGGCGGCCAGAAGAUCAGCCUGCGCCGCGCGGGGAACAACCUCUACUUUGACCGCGCCCAGCUGCUGCAGCCCGACAUCCUCAUCGCCAACGGCGUCGUCCACAUCAUCGCCGACGUGCUCAACCCCAACGCCACCAGCGCCCCGCCCGAUCCGGCCCUCGGAACUCAGGCCCCGGCCUACUCCCCAGCCUUGGCCACCGACAGCGCCCUCCCCUUCGUCACCGCUCUUCCCUGCACCACCGACUGCCCCGUCACGACCACCGCCAUCACCGGCAGCGGCAGU